GUUCUUCCCCCUUCCUCCGCCCGCCACUUUCGAAACUCUCAGCUCAAGCUUCACGUUCUACAGCUACUUCUCUACACUUUGGUACGAGUUCGAAAUUGGUCUGCGUUAAUAAUGGCCGGGCCACUCAUUUCCACUCGUAGACCAUUGUCGCUUUGUCCCUACUGCUGUUCUCAUAUCUGCAUCCACUGAAGCGCAGAAGAAUUUUUAGUUUGUUAUACGAUGCCGAAAAAAUCCAGUUCACCUUCUGCACCACCGAAACCAUCGUGCCUCAAAUGCGGCUUCAUAUUAUCUCACCCUCAGAGUAAACGUGAACCGCCACAUCUGCGUCUCAAAGAACUUCUUAAAACCAACGUCCCCCCACUUGAAGCAGAGAAGGCCUUCUUCCGUAAGGCGAAGAAAGAUCUCCCCGUCGUUGUAUCGGACUUGGACGAACAAAUCACGCAAACUCAGGAGUUGCUUCAUACUCUCAUGGAAGAACGGGCCCAGGCUGCGGAAGAGCUUCGACAUGCCAAAGUCGUGCUUCACCCCCUGCGAACCAUACCCGACGACGUUCUUCGCGAGAUCUUUCUCUUCAACAAGGUGACUUGGGAUGAUUUCGUCAGGUUAGGUGACCCGAGACGGAUUGAUUUCUACGAUUCUCUCGACCCAAGGAAUGCGCCAUGGUCGCUAACGCAGGUUUGCCGGAACUGGAGAAGUGUAGCCUUGUCCAUGCCGUCGCUGUGGAACUGUAUAUCCCUCGAUUUCAAUGUAUAUCACAGGAAGAGGGAUCGCCCUGCGUCUGUGGCCCUGAAACUUGGAUUGCAUAUCCAGCGGGCUCGCAGGUCUCUUCUCUCAAUCAGAAUCGAGAGCAUGGUUGACAUACACACGCAUAAUGCCUUUCCCAUCAUCCUCACAAGCAUGUCGCAAUGGAGACGCUUACACAUACGCACCCCAAUCGCAACUCUCCACUACCUCACCCAAUGCAAGGCGUUUCUAGAAUCUCUCGAAGAGGUGUACAUUAUUGGGAGCCUAUUUCCUGUUGCUACAAUAGCACACAACAUCGAAACGUUCCAGAUGGCCGCCAACCUUCGCCGGCUGAAUGUUUUUGAAAAAGCGGUUUUCCAUAGCCAUCACAUUCGUGUUGCCUGGUCGCAACUCACGCACCUCUCUAUCAAAAUCGACUCUGAUGCGACUUUCCAUCAUUUCAAGGAAUUUAAACGAGUCGAAGAGCUCCGACUCGUUUUUCCCUCAGGCCCGCAGAAGUUGAACGUGUCCCAGCGCAUCACUCUACCCAAAGUCGCGUACCUGUCUUUGACGAGAUUCGGGGCAAUGCACCGGGUGAACACAGUGGCGGGGCUAUUUGACAUGUUUGAGCUUCCCUCCCUGCUGUCGGUCACAUUCGCGUCUACAGGUAUCGAGCCAGGAUUGAAAGGCAUGAUUCUCGACUUGCCGGCAUCACUGUCCUACCCGGACCGCCGACUCCUCUCGGUCGACGUGGACUACCCAGAUUAUGAUAUCGGAAUCCCAGAAAAUAAUACCCGUUUCCUCAAUUUCUUGUCCCAGGCCUCCGAUGUCGUUGGUAUCUUUAUGGCGCUGCAAAACAUUGGGUCGGAUGUAAUAAAGAAGCUCAGUCACGGGCCCGACAAUGAUGUCAACAGUCAUAACUUCUUCCCCAGACUUCGAACGCUCGACUUUAACGAUUCCACCUUUACGGCGUCUCAGAUAGCCAUUCUUGAUAUGCUUGAGUCACGGUUGGAAAGUGCGCAUGCAGAUGACGAGUCGUAUGCGUCCUUGAUGCAUGUCACCAUGCCGGAAGACUUCGAAUUUGACGAACCAGGUACGGAGGAACGAUGUAAUGCGUUGGAAGGUCAAGGACUAUAUUUGUUUUAUCUUAAAGGUACUCCAGAAGAAAGAGAAGAACGCUAAAUAUGUCUUCAUGACUCUCAUUACUGGUCAGGGUCAUGAACUUUACUCGUUCGUACUGUUGAUAGUUGUCAAACAAUCAUAUAGCAUCACAGAUAUCCCUUACGGCAUCUUUUAUUGCUCAUAUCCUUAUCAAGGUCCUCGUUUUCACGAACGUGUUUGCCGAGAGUUGACGAGGAACCUUUGCUGAUCCCUC